AUGCCCCCGAAGUCACCCUCUCGACCACGCCUGUGUAACCGGAACAACAUCUGGUCUCGAACCACCCGCGUCGAUGCCCUUCAUUCCGCUGGAUCCCGGAAGAUUACAGAGUAUGAACCUGCCCGGCAAGCUCCAUUGGAGGAAUCCAGGAAGCGAAAGAAGGAGGAAGAUACAAUCCCGCAACCUACUAAACGUGGGAAGUCUGGGCAGAGCUCAGUGUCUGAGGAACGGAGGAUGAAGGCAACGAAUGAGCCAAACCAACCGCAAGCUGCUUUAGAACAAGGCUCGGGCGUAGCUGUGUCAUCGCCUCUAUUCAAUCACCAAAAUAUCCGACCGCUUGACGCUCCAGACAUGACUAUUAUUGUCAAAUCUUCCACAGUGACUGAGCACAACAUGGAAACCGACAUCUACGAUCCCAUCACUCGACACAACGAGCCUGAAAGACGACUGUACCAAUUUCUGGAGGACCUGCUCCUCCAGAACCAGUCCCUGAUUGGCAUUGCUCGAUUUGCCUCUCGUCGUAAGGGUUGCCCAACUAGGGCUGUGAGCUGUGUGAUGGGAGAGAGUGACGAGAAAUUGUACCGCAUCGGUGCCGAAGACUCAGACGAAUCAUACGCCGGGAAUGAUCUUUUGCAAGAAGUCACCAGUAAUCUUGAUCUUAGCAAACAUGUCACUCUUGCCAGUCAUUCUCCCCCACGCGCGUCCUCUGUACAACCAAAACCGGUCAUCCGUCGUAUCGAGACCGUGCAGGAAACCGUCACAUUAGGGGUCACAUUGUUCGAAAUAUACGAGAAGCACAGUAUAUUGGGUCUUGUGAAGGCUAUACUGGGUGCAUUGUAUGGUGGUACAGUGCGGGGGAUGCUCCGGAGUAUCAUGAAUGUGGCUAAAAAUGUGUUCAUAGGGUACCGCAACCUUCUUCGAAGCGGGUGGCUACAUCGAGAUAUCAGCGUCAACAAUAUUGUCGUUGGUUCAAACAGAGAUUUCGAACCAUCCGAUUAUGAUCAGCAUGGCGGCUGUGCUGUUCCCACUGCCUACGAUUCGGACUGUCUGAUUGAAGAUGAAGAUGGGAAGCUCUGUGGCAUGUUGAUCGAUUUUGAUCUUGCUGUCCAGAGAAGGCCAAAAGGCGGGACUGCCAACGAGGACGAAGCUUUUCCCACGGGGACCUUGAACUUCAUGGCGACAGCCAUUUUUACCGCCCAUGAGAGGAUCGCGUGGGGAAGAGAAAUUCCGUCCGCACAUUCCCCAUCACACCUGAUGCGUAUAUCUUAA